AUGAUUCAUGACUCAGUAAAAAGGUUAGUAGAAGCUUAUAGCUCAUCGAAGACAGGACGUUAUGUUCUUGAUAGCAUACAUAUAUUUUUUGUUUGCUGUGGUUAUGAUGAAUGGCAUCGUGAAUGGAAAAUGAAGUCAACGCAAUUGCAAAAAAUCGUACCGAUGAAUCGUUGGGUACCAUAUUCAUGCUGUGCAAGCAAUUAUAAAGACGAUGAAUUUUGUGGAUAUGCAGCUUAUCGCAGUCCUAUCACGGCUGAAGAGUUUAAUAGACUGAAAGAAUAUGGUCGACCGACUUAUGUUCCAGAUAAAUGGUACACACGAUUGAAUAAUGAUCCUUGUCCAGAAUUAAUUUUCGAUUGGUUAGGUGAAUUGCCUGUUUAUCUAUUAAUGUUUGGAUUAAUGAUUACAGUAGGGCGAAUACUUUAUACAGCAUAUGCCGUAUUUGUGUAUACCAAAAAAAAGAAAUGA